AUGGCGCCGACUAGUCUUGAAGGGUCCAAGAGGUCUGGUGUACCACCGUCUUACCCCAUGAACCCUCCUUUUUUACCGUUCACGGCGUCCCGUGCUAGUUCUCAGCAACAUGGUUCGGUCAUUUCGGGUACUGAAGCAUCCAAUUCAAGGUCCUUGCAUGAGGGUUUGCCCCCAUUGAGCCCCAUGACUUAUAAGGAGCCAUCUCUGUCUACCUUUUCUGAUGCGUCCAAGGAAGAAGGGUUGGGUAACCCUCAUGGGCUAUCAAUCUCUCAUUCUCAGGUCACAAGGGGUAAUAGCUUAAGGGUUGGGGAGAGUUUGCCUCCCCGUAGAGGGCAUAGAAGGUCUAAUAGUGAUAGCAUCCCAUUGGGAUUGAACUCAAUGAUUCAAUUAUCGUCCCAGUUGAUACCAAAUGGUAGUAGGAACGGAGGUUUCGAUAAGUCUCUUUCUGGAGUAGAGAAGCCAAUUCAGUUGAUUAAACGGGAAUUAGAGUGGACUAUGAAUGUGAUUAGCGACGUAGAAGUUGUGGAUGAUAGGAAAUCUGAUGGAAAGGUUUUCGAUUCAACGGUUAAUGAGUAUAUGAAUUUGGACACAAUUGAUUCAUUGAACUCAUCGGCUGCUGAAGAUAAGGAUUUGGAUAGCAGAGCUACUGGUACAAAGACAAAUGGAUAUGAAAGCAAUGGUAAUGAAGUUGAAAGCCACUUAAUUGACAUGCAGGGAGAGGGAUUUAAGGGGGGUGCAGGUGGAGCUUCAAGAACUCGGCACCAUAGAAGUGUCUCAAUGGAAACUCAAAGAGGUCAGCAAUCACUUGGAAAUUCAGUUGAUGGAAGUAAUAAGAAGUUGAACUUGGCCUUCCGGAAUGGAGAGUUUACUACAGCGGAGUGGAAAAAGAUUAUAGCCAACGAGAAGCUUCAUGAGAUUGCAUUAUCAGACCCUAAACGCGUUAAAAGGAUUUUGGCUAAUCGGAUAUCGGCUGCUCGUUCCAAAGAGAGGAAGACCCAGUAUGUUUACGAAUUGGAGCACAAGGUGCAAACUCUGCAGAACUCGACAACAACUCUAUCUAUCCAGGUCACAGUGUUACAGAGAGAUGCUGCAGGAGUUACAAGUGAGAACAAUGAGUUGAAAUUCCGUCUUCAGGCAAUGGAACAACAGGCCGAACUCAAAGAUGCUUUGAAUGACACAUUAACUGCUGAGGUUGAACGUCUGAGACUCGCUGUUGCUAAGCUUUGUGGGGAUGGCCGAGGUAUGAGGUCCAUGGCUCCGUUUUCUGUAAACCCGAGAUUAUGGCAGCUGCAGCAACAGCAACAGUUGCUUAAUUUUCAUUUGUAGCAGCAACGAAAACAAAAGCAACAACCGCAACAGCACUUCGAGCUCAAUGGUGAUCAGGUGCAACAACAACAGCAGCGAGAACACUGGAACGGGCAACAGCAACAUCAGACACAAAUGCUUCAGGACAAUCAGUUUGAGCCCCAGCAGCAGAAUGGUCGUGCCGCAAACCAUGAGUCGAAAUAGUCAGUUAGCCCCAAUUCAAGCACUGACAUCUGCUUAGUCAGAUGGCAAAGUGCCUGAAAAUUUUCCCGGAUUAGGGUAGUGUACAUACAUAUGUAUUUCUUAGUCACCAAAGUGAAAUUUCUUUUGUUAGG